GCGCCGUCUCUGCCUGUAUCGACGACGUUGACGUCUGCCGCGGACACUGAUUUUGAUUUGUCUUCCAUCACCCGCAAAGCUUUAAGACUGACUUCUUUAGUGCACGGAUCCAUACGAUUUUUUGCUGAUAAACCUAUGGAACGUCACCUGAACUAGCUAGCAUAGCACUUUAAUUCCAAACUAUAGACGAAUAGAUUCAUAAUUGCAUCUAGGAUGAAUUGUAAACAACUGUUUAUACCGGCGCUAUGCAUACUCUUUUGCAUAUUGGUGCCUUGUGUCCUAUCAAACACUGCCUUCCUUAUUCCACCUAAAAGUCAACACCUUUUCGAGCUGACCAAUGCCGUGUCUAUGCACGAUUUAAAGCGUUCCAGCACUGAGCAAGCCACUUACAUAUUUCGAUCCCAGUUGAAGGUGAACUCCGUUUGGAACAGUGAAAAAGCUCAACUUCUGCAGGUUUACUUCACAUAUUCGAAGGUCAGCGCUCCUGCAAAAGCCCGCAAAUCAAGUAUCAAUGCCGAAAUAACAAAAAUACCAGACCGUCCUUUCUACGUGAGUCUCGUCGAGGGAAAGCCCAGCAAAGUUAUAGCACAUACAUCUCGUGAUCAAUCGCUUCUGAAUUUGGAACGCGCCUUUGCGUCGCUUUUGCAAUUGCGAUAUCAGAAUGGUCCUGUAACAGAGGUAGAUGUCUCUGGCAAGUGCAAUGCAUUCUAUGCAGUUAAGUCAUCAACAAGAAUUGAGAAGAUCAAAACAGAUUGCUCACAUUGGGAUUUGAAAGUAAACUAUAGGGCAGAGAAGGCGUUGGGUAUUUCGCAAGUGUCGCAAGAAAUUGUUGAGUAUGAGCUAAGUGCUGUGGGCACGCUCAUGCAAGCCAUAUCCUCGGAAAAGCAUCGCACUGCACUAACAUCCAAACCUGAUGUGGGAAGUGAAGUAAGCUCGCGAUUCAGCUUAACACAUCUCGUAGAGAGUUCCGACAUAGUGGAGCAGCUGAAGUUUAAUACGCUAGAUGAAGCAAUAAAAAGCUUGCUCGAGUGGUAUCGCGUUUUCGAUAUCGAUGCAGACGUAGAUGGCGCGCUUAGCGAAAUUAAGGACAGCACUCUGAAAGAGCGAAUUGCAAACUUUGACUCUGAGUUUUCUAACGAGCAUGUUGGGAAGCAAUCGCUGGCUCUGGCUAUUGCUGAACUUCUGCCAUUGGCUCGCAUAACCAAGCAAGAGGAAUAUGUUGAGAUCCUUAAAGCGCGUAAGGAUUCUGCUAAACCAUUAAUCGAUCUGCUUGCGGCCGUUCAAUCAAGUGAUGCUCAUAAUGCUAUAUCUGAGUUAUACAAAUUCGAUAAUGAAGACGAUGCUGAACUCCUGGAGCAAUAUCUGCAAUCGCUCGCUAUUGGCUCACAUCCUGAACGCACUGUCAUCGAAGAUCUGUUCGAACGUUUACAACCUAAAACAGAAAAUGAAAAAAUUCCUAAUGAAAAGCUUCGCGAUACUGUGGUCCAGACAGUCGCUGCUCUAACGCGCCAAUCUAGUUUCGAUCCCAAUGACGCGCUCUUACACAAUGUACGUCAAUUCAUAUCGAAAAAUCUCAAUGAAGAUUGUAAGGAGAUCGACUGUAAAUUAAUUUAUAUACGAGCGUUGCAAAAUCUCCAAGAUGUAAGCACAUUGCCCAUGCUCUUCAACAGCGCUUUAACGGGCGAAGUAGCCGAAUCGGUUGCUGCUUUGCAGGCUUUGAAAACUUUCCCCAUUGUGAACUUCAAUGAGAAGCAUCGUCGCAGUCUAGCAGAGAUUUUCUACCAAUCUAAGCGCAAAUACGACUCCUCGGCACGUGUUAUUGCCUUGGAUAUAUUGCUUGCGCUCAAACCAACCAAGGAGCAGUUGAGCCAACUUCUGCUUUACCUGAACUCUAAUGAUCGCCACUUUGAAAUUAAGACUUUCGUCAUUCAAAAGCUCCGCAUGAUUUCCGAUAAGUGUCCACGUUUUAAAGCAUUAUUGAGUUCUUGCCUAGCCGAGCUUCCCGAAGUAAAUAAUUACAAUGUAAUAGCUCAGAAAGGGCUUACAACUGUUCUGACCAGAGAGCUCUCGCUGACGCCAGCAUUCAACGAAUCGUUAUUAAGUGUGCAGGAGAUCUAUCAGGGUGUGUUAAAACGUGGCACUGUUGAACUGUUGCUGGGUGCAGGAAAAGAGGAGUUUAGCACUUUUAAGAUUGGCAUUUACACUACUGGGCUCACGUCUUUUGUUGCUAAUUCUGAAGACGAGGCAGAAAAUGAUUUAGACGACAGUCCUGCUACCGCUGGGAUGGAAAUCAGUGUACAAGGGGUACAUUUACGACCACUUGUUUUCUUCACCGGCCAAGGUGAGCUAAUGGGCCACGUUUGGAGUGGCACUGCCUCUGAAUCAACGCCGGCAUAUCAAGCAACAAUUCUGGCGGAGGAUCACGAGCAUUAUAUUAUACUUUCGUCUGGUGCGACAGUUUAUAUGCGAGUGGUAGGCACCCGCUCGAUCGACCUGAACGGCAAAGUAGAGUUGAGUUUGUGGAAUCGCAAUGCAAAUACGGAAAUCAAUCAGAACACUGGAGCCGCAGUCGUUGGAUAUAUGGUGGCCGGUUUCACAUACGCAAGAGUGGAAAACAAAUUUACUGUGACUAGCGAACCGCGCAUAACUCUGCAAGCCGAUAUCGAUUUCUACUCCGGCGUAAAAUUAUGUAUGAAACUGCAACGGCCGGAUUUAUUGCUAAACCAAUCAAACAUUAAAUCAGUUUAUUUGACACCGAACUCCUAUUAUAAACACAUUCGCACGAAAACCACACAUAAACUUGCAGGCCGUACAUUGGCUUUGAACCAGAAGAAUAAUGAAAUGUGCAAUCUUAUCUUCAGUGAUGAUAUUUAAAAUUUUUGCCGUGAGUUCUAUUUAGUAAAGUGCAUACCGUUUAAUACUCACUGCUCUCUAUCCUUAUAUUAUUAAUAAUAGCAGGAAUCUCAUAUAAAAACUAUGACAUACAUAAAUGGCCUUAAUAUUUGACUUUAAAAAGAAAGUGUUUUGUAUAUUGUGUAAAUGAGUGCAUUUAUAAUGACAAUAAAUAAAUAAUGAAAAUAUUUUUACUAUCAUAAAAA